GCGGGUGAGCGGGGUGGGCACGCAGGGCUGGGCAGGGAGCCGGGGCUGCUCCGCUCACCCUCCCGGGCUGAUGCUCCAGGGACAGCGGCUUGUCCUCUCACAACUAAACCCUCAUCCUGCCCAAACUUCCCGCCGGGGGGAGAAGCAGGCUGCUGGAGGGACCGGAGUGUGACCCCCAUGCCGAGCUGCUGCCGAGUCCCCCGGGAUGUGCAGUGCUGCUCUUGCCCGUGGGCAGCAGCAGCAGCAGCAGCAGCGAGGGGUGCUGGGCUGGUGCCAGAGCUGCGGGAAUGGGUGCUGUGGGAAGAGGUGCCACGGAGCUCUGCUCCAUCCCAACCCCCGCCCCGGCCUCCUGCAUCCCCCACGCUAAUUGCUGCUCUUUUUUCUUUUCUUUCCAAGGCAGCAGCUUCUGCUGGAGCAAGUGCUGGGGGGGAGCUGUGGAGAUGGCUUGGGAGCGAAUGGGGUCAGUGACAGGGAAAGAGCACAGGAAUGCUCCCCCUGGGGCCAUGCAGGGAUGGAUGGAUGGAUGGGGUCGCUGUGCCAGGGUGCGGUGCAGGUCACUCCAGGGCCAUCUGCCAGCAUUGUCCAGGGUACCCCGUGGGGAGCACUGGCUCUGUGGGGAUGGAUGUUAGCAGCUCCUGGAGUCGUGGUGUCGUUCUAACUCCUGAAUUGUGAGGGUUUCUCUCCCCUGCUCCCGCAGCACUGUGGCAGUGGCUCUGGUUUGGGGGUUUGUUCUUCAGAAAAACCUUGAGUUCCUCAUCGGUGUCUCAGCAAGUCACGUGGACUGAUGUGCCAGCACAGUGAGGAAGGCUGCUCUGAGGGGGAGAAUGUGGAUGUUCCUGUGCUGAUGGGACCAUUUGUGUGUGUGCCAGUCCCACCAGUGACACCGAGAGCUUCCGAUGGUGCUGAUGAGGUGCUUGAUGGGAUCCCCUAGUGCUGUGCUGGGGCUGCUGCACAGCCUGACCUGCCCUCAGCACCUCUGUCACCGUGCCACUGUCGCUUGUGCCACCACAGCCCAGCCCUGGCUGAGGUUUGCAGGGCCCUAAUCCCAUUUCCCUUGUGUCUUUCAUCUCCAGUCGGACCAGGAGAGUGGUAAUAGACCUUCUUACUAAAUUAAAUGUGCACGCUGCUCCUCGAGGCACCGUGCUCUUCAACCCUAGUUGAUUUCCCAGCCACAGCAGCAUGGUGCCUCCAGGGAAAAAGCCAGCUGGGGAAACUUCCAAUUCCAAUAAAAAGUGCAAACGCUAUUUCAACGAGCACUGGAAAGAAGAAUUCACCUGGCUGGAGUUUGACUAUGAGAGGAAGCUCAUGUUUUGCGUGGAGUGCCGGCAGGCUCUGGUGAAGAACAAGCACGGUAAAGCGGAGAACGCUUUCACCGUGGGCACGGACAACUUCCAGCGGCACGCGCUGCUGCGGCACGUCACCUCCGGCGCCCACCGCCAGGCGCUGGCCGUCAACCGCGAGCAGGUGGCCUUCGAGAGCCGCAUCCACGGCCACCCCGAGCUGCGCUCGCUCAUCAAGGUGGAGGUGAACCCGGCCAAGGUGGCCGUCCUCACCACCGUCUACUGGAUGGCCAAGGAGGAGAUCCCGGAGGAGAAGUGCUCGUCCCUGCUGAGCUUGCAGAAGUUCAACCUGUGCCAGGCGCUGCUGGCGUCGGAGCACAGCGAGUUCUACCACCCUGGCAGCGUCAGGGAGAUGCAGGCAGCCAUUGCCAAAGUCCUCCACAACGAGGACAGGCACAGGAUCAAAGCCUCGCCGUUCAUUGGGCUGGUGGUGGAUGAGACAGUGGACGUCCUGGAGCACCGCAGCCUCGCCGUGUUCACCACCACUGUCUCCCCCUGCAACGGGCAGACCUCCACCACCUUCCUGGGCAGCUUCGAGCUGCCUGCAGGGGAGGCCUCCACAGUGGCAGGCAAGGUGGGUGAGGUGAUGCGCUCCUUUGGCAUCCCCACCAUGAAGCUCACCUGGCUCAGUGCUGACAGUGCCUCGCUGGUGGCCGAGCGGCUCAGCGGGGUGGGGACGGUGCUGAGCUCGCUCUGCCCGCUCCUCACUGAGGUGCACUGCCUGUCCCACGGCACCUCCCUGCUGCUGGCCGAGAGCAUCAGCACCAUUGAGUACCUCCAGAAGUAUGAGACCACUGUGGAUGCAGUGUAUAGGCUCUACUCCAGCUUCCAGGGGGAAGGGGAUAGCCUGCAGGAGCUGCGGAGAGUCCUGGACCUCUGUGAGAUAGACCUCGGGAGCCCCAAAGCCAUCCACUGGACUUCUAUCUUCCCAGCUGUAGAAGCCAUUGACUCCUCGUGGCCCACACUGGUGCUGCUGCUGGAGAACCAGGCAGAGUGCUCACCCGUGGCCCGUGGCCUCUGCGAAGAGCUCAAGAAGUUCCAGUUUGUGGCCUUCACCAAGAUCCUCCUGGAUGUCCUCCCCAUCUUCCAGAAGCUCAGUCGCUUCUUUCAGAUUGAGGAUUUUGACCUCUCCAUCUUGAAGCCCAUAGUCUCAGCCACAGCCACCACUCUGCAGGCCCAGCAGAGCACCAGUGGCCAGAACCUCCAGGAGUUCCUCAGAGAGAUGAGCAAGCACCCACAGGAUGGCCGGGAGGGCGAGAGCCGCCUCUACUACAAGGGUGUUGAGCUGGCCAACUGCUCCCAGGUGCACCUGAAACACUUUGAGCACCUGAAGGACAGCUACCUGGAGAAGGUGCGGGGCAACCUGCUGGACAAGUUCCCCAGCAGUGUCCUGGAGGCCAUCAGCUCCUUCUCUGCCAUCUUCAACCCCAAGUGCUACCCGCAGUCUCUGGAGGACAUUGGCAGCUAUGGGGUCAGCGAGCUGAAUUUCCUGCUGCGGGUGUACUCGCGGGUGGUGGUGAGCGAGAGGGCUCUGAGCGACUUUCCCCUCUUCAAGCGCAUCGUCUUCAGCCUCAGCCAGCUCUCCUUCAAGGAUCUCUGUGUCAAGCUGGUCUACAGCAGCUCUGAGAUGCAUGAGCUCUUCCCAGACUUCGCUGUCCUGGCAGCUAUUGCCCUGGCCUUGCCGCUGGGCUCGGUGCUUGCCGAGAAGAUCCGCCGGGGCCGGGAGCUGCUGAAGCGCGGCCGCUCGCGCCUCGCCAAGGACGAGGGGCUCUCUGACCUCAUGAAGAUCGCCAUCGACGGGCCAGCCACCAGCGAGUUCAACUUUGCCUUGGCCAUCGAGUACUACGAGAGCAUGAGGGAGUCUGGGUUCAUCAUGGCACAGGUGAAGUGAGCGUGGCUGGUUUGGAGACCCCAGGGCCAGCUCAGCGUGGCCUUUCCACGUCACUGGUCACUGCUGGAGCUGGGCAGCUGCAGUGGAUGGUGACCUGUGCUGGGAAGAGAAAACAGGAUCCUUUGCAAAGCCAUGCCCCCCCUCAUGCCCCAAACCUCUGUUUGAAUCACCCAGAAUUCAGAAUCCUGGGGCCACCCGAGAUCCCAAACUGCGAUGAGUGUUUUCCAAGGGCUUGUCAUCAUUUUGUUUUGGGGAGAAGAAGGCAAAUCUCUUGAGCUCAAAUGUCACGUUGCCUUCGCACAAAGAUACCCAGCAGCUUUUGCUUAAUGCUCUGCAAAAAUAUGGGAUUUUUGUUAUUCUGGAGCCUGGAGAGUGAAUGCAGAAAAGGCAGCGCAUCCUCCGAGCUCUGCGCCGACCCCAACAUGCCUGGCGGUGUCGUGUUGGUGCUCCUUGCACACAGCACAGGGUAUUUUUAGCAGUGGCAUCAAGUCAUGAUCAUUUCAAGAGCAAGAGAUUUAGGGAAUGGUAUUGUACUGGCUGAGGAAAUAUUAACUUUAAAUGCAUCAUUGUGUACAUAUGUGUAUGUGUGUAUAUAUAUAUAAAUAUACAUAUAUAAAUAUCUAUAUUAAAAA